CAAGUCUCGAGUGGUGGUUGAUCGGAGCGCAACCAUGCAUAGCAAAAAAGAAAGAAAAAAUUUUCUUUCUUUUUUUUUCCGAUGAUCUCUCCUUUCAUCUCCUUUCGCAGCUUUUAGUCUGAUAAUGACUUCUUUUUAUAUUUUUGGACUUUAAUUUUUUUUUUAUGUUUGGUAUUCGUGCGGCAGCUAAUCGAAUUUCCACAAGUACACCAGCGCUCCGCUCCUUUUUACUAGCACACAGCCUAUCCACCCAGACAUCAGCCAUGCCCGACACGCCGGCCAGCGACAGUGUUUCCUCGCAGACCGAGCAGCAGCCCAUUAGCGCAACAGAGCAGCAGCCCAUUAGUGCAACAGAGCAGCCCCUUGGCGCAGCAGGCCAGCCCCUCACUGCUUCGGAGCAGCCUGCCAGCGCGACAGAGCAGCCCGAUAAAAAACGCAGCAACCGCGGACAGACGUGCAAAGACCGGCGCGAGUUUGCCAAGAAAAAGCGCCUGAUCCGCAACCUCGAGCCCAAACAAGAGCAGCGCCAGCCGCGCGCCGAGGGCAGCGAGCCGCGGCAACCCAAGCGCAAAGUAGCGCUUCUAAUCGGAUUCUGCGGCACCGGAUACCAGGGCAUGCAGGUGAACCCGAAUGCGAAAACCAUCGAGGGCGAAUUAUUCAAAGCCCUGGGCGCCGCAGGCGCUGUCUCUGCGGACAACGCCGAUGACCAAGGCAAGGUGCAGUUCCAGCGCGCCGCGCGUACGGAUAAGGGUGUGCAUGCGGCCGGCCAAGUGGUCUCUUUGAAGAUGAUCAUUGAGGAUCCCGGCAUUGUGGCCAAGCUCAAUGCGAAUUUGCCUGAGCAGAUUCGCGCCUGGGGCUUUGUGCGCACCAUUAGAUCGUUCAACUGCAAAACCAUGUGUGACUCGCGCACCUACGAGUACCUGCUCCCGACGUAUGUCCUUGAGGGCGCGGACCCGGGGCUUGCCGAAAUCGCGCGCAAGGUGGAGUUUGGUUUGCGCAGGGUGCCAGAGACUUCGGAAGAGGAGAUGGCGCGCAAGCGGGCGUUCAGGGUGACGGAGGACAGGCUGCGGUUUGUGCGCGAGGCCUUUGAAAAGUACGUCGGCACGCACGAAUUCCGCAACUUUACCGUCACCAAGGGAUGCACGGACAACAACUCUAAGCGGUUCAUACAUGCGUUCACGGUUUCUGAUCCGAUGGUGAUCCAGGGUGCCGAGUGGCUGAGCCUCAAGGUCAAGGGCCAGUCGUUUAUGCUGCACCAGAUCCGCAAAAUGGUCGGCCUCAUUAUCCUCAUGGCCCGCGCGAACGCCCCCCUGUCUCUCAUCAAUGCCCUGUUCGCCGGCCCGCGCGUUAACGUGCCCAAGGCCCCCGGCCUCGGCCUUCUUCUCGAGAGCCCCUGCUUCGACGCGUAUAACCGCCGCACGGCCGCCCAGAAGGACAGCGCCAGCGACCCCGUCACCUUUGAGCCCUACGAGGCAGAGAUCGUUGCGUUCAAGCAAAAAUUCAUCUACGAUGCGAUUAUUAAGACCGAGAUGGACGACCGCGUGUUUGAUAGCUGGGUGAAGAGCGCAGAGGUGUUCCCGGAGCAGUACACGUAUGUCAACCCCGAGGGCGUUAUCCCUGAGGAUGCUAUUGUGACGCCGGAGACGGAGCGCAUUUGGCAGAUGAAGCGCAAGGAGCAGAUUGCUGCGAGGGCUGCUGCGGAGGACGGCAAGGAUAUUGAGUCUUCGGAGGACGAGCAAGACUCGAAGGACGAUUGAAGACUGAAGAGCAAAGACUGGGUGGUGGGGGUGGUAAUUAUAUGCUGUAUCUUUUUUAAAAUUAAAUAAAUCCAUGCAGGAUCAGCCACAGCACAAAUGAGCGCCCCCUCCUCUCCUUCCAGCCAGCGUGUAUAUUUUUUCUACUUGCAUGAUAAACAUGUUUUGCAUUAUUCAUUCAUUGGAUUGGAGGUAAAAAUGCUGUUGCUAACCUGGUGGCCUGAUGACCGAAUCACGAAAUGCACUCAUGCAUAAAACAUCAUCCUCCUCCCACAGACCUGUGAUCAGCCUUGCCUAGCCCAGCCUUGCCUUGCCUGACUCUAAACCCAGUGUUUUCCUUUCCUUUCCUUUCUUUUUUAUUUUCGGUGCU